AUAACAAAACAAAUCGUUUAAUCGGUUGUUGAAACGUCGUCGGUUUUGAGCAGAAAACUUUAACUUCCGUUCAGGAAAACACAAUUCUUGGACUUCUUGGCUUCAUGUGGAGUAACAAAUAUGCUUAUCAAGGAAUACCGUAUAUGCAUGCCUCUGAGUGUGGAAGAGUACCACAUAGGACAGCUGUACAUGAUAGCAAAACACAGUGAUGAACAGUCUCAGAAGGGAGAAGGCGUAGAAGUUAUCCAGAAUGUAGAGUGCGAUGACCCUGUCCAUGGCAAGGGCAGGUUCACAGAGAAACGGGUCUAUCUAUCAAAUCGAUUACCAGUCUGGAUACAGAAGUUAGUUUCCAGGUUGUGCAGCUACUUCUAUAUAACAGAGAAGGCAUGGAAUCACUAUCCUCAUACAAUGACAGAAUACACAUGUUCCUUUGUUCCGAAGUUUUCCAUACAUAUCGAUACAAGAUACGAGAAUAACUCAGGGACCACAGAAAAUUGCCUCAGUCUUUCAGAAGCAGAAUUGAGUGAAAGGGAAGUUGUUCCGGUUGAUAUAGCAUACAACAAUGUUCCAGAAAAGUAUUACAAAGAAAAUGAGGAUCCAACAAAGUUUAAGUCGAAAAAGACAGGAAGGGGGCACCUACAAAAGGACUGGAGGGAAACGAGUAAUCCUAUAAUGUGUUCCUACAAGCUGGUACGGGUCAAGUUUGAGCUUUGGGGUCUACAAACAAGAGUCGAAAGCUUCGUGCACAAGGCAAUACAAGAUAUCCUUUUACUGGGUCAUAGGCAAGCAUUUUCAUGGAUCGAUGAGUGGUAUGACAUGACUGAAGAAGAUGUCAGGAAGUACGAACAGCGCCUCCAAGCGGAGACAAACCGAAAGGUUCACCAGGGUCUAGAGAGAACCUCAAGUAGAGAUUCCACCGAUGCCGGAGACGACGACGAAUUUGCCGAUGCCGUGGAGGAUCAAAGCGAUCUCGCCCAAGGAGGAUCAUGAUGAAAGCAAAUCUUGUUCGCUUAGAGAGGCAGGAUACAGCUUCCAUUUAAAGAACAUUACUAAUGAGAGAUUGGAGAGAGUAUUAGAAUAUAUAUGGUGAAGGUUACCUCUUGGAGGACAGACUUGUUUUCCAGAGAAAUAUAUACAUGUGAAAGAUCUGUAACAAAAUAAAUGCAAUGUCUUGUGAAGUAUUUUAUGAAUGAAAAGUUGUCAAGGUUAUUGUCAAGGUGAGAUAAGAGAGGAAUCACAAUACAAUGAAGGUCUUCUUCCCUUUUUUUUUCUCCCUCUCUUUUUGAAGGACAUGUAGAAGGAUAACUUAAUAUUUAAGGUGAAGUAGACCCAUAUCUCAUCACUAUGCAGCGAAUAUCUUUGCCUGUUAACUUUCAAAGGGUAUACAAAGAAAAUGUCAGGCGGUGCUAGAAAAAUAUUUCCCAACUAAUAGAUGAGAAUUCUGUUUUCAUGUUCAGUAUUUUUUCCUCUCCAUCGACCCCUCCCCCAAUCCACCUCUGAUAGCAAUACGUUUUACCAUUCUCAGCUAAGAGUGAUUUAAUUGAAACUAAUCAUUGAAGUCUCUAAAUAGCCAAUGCAGUGUACGAUAUGAGAUCAUUAUUUUUGUGUACAAUUUGGAUAUAUUUCAAUUAAUUUUUUUUUGUUUUACAUUGGUUUAUUCAAUUUUUUCUUCCAAUUAUGAUCGAAUAGAAAAUAGAUUUAUUGUUGCCAACUUGAGGAAUGAAAAAAGAUUAAUUUAGAAAAUUUGGUUAAUGAAACAAAGUCUUUGGCAUGUGAACUCUGCAAGACAGCAGUAGCAUUGGCUGAUGUAAUUUACCCUCAAAUACAGGAAAUCAUGGAUAGAAUGUGGAAAUAUUGAACAAUACGACCCCUGAAAUUGAACUUAUUUCAUUUGGAUAUCCUUUUCACUACAGAGAUGUAAUAUUACCUUGAAGUUCCUCUACGAGGAUGAUAUUAGUAAUGGGAUUAAACCCAGGGGAACAAUAGUAUUGGACACACUGGCUCUGUCUUACUUCCUUUCACAUAAAGACAUAAAGCCAGAAUGGCAUUAACUCUUUAUAAGUAUAAAGUAUAUGAGUUAAUGCCCUUCUGGCUCCAAACUGUUAUAUAUAUGUAUAUACUUACAUAUAUCCUACCUCUUGUGUUUCCUUGUCAAUGUUGAGAGCAAGAAGGGCAUUGACCCUAUAUUAAGUGAUAUGGGUUAAGGCCUUUCUUUUUCUCAGGGUUACGACUUUAGUUGUGAUUGAAUGUUAGACCCCGUUCUCACUCACUUCGUUGGAGCGCUCUGGAGCGCUCUAACUAAGACCCGUUCCUCAGGAGCGGUUCUUAGGUGAGUGAGAACGGUCA